CCAGACGAUAUGCCAAAUCCAACCACUACAAUGCUGGUCGCCGUAGUAUCCUCGGGAAUCCGCGGCUCCUACUCCUCCUGCCCCGUCGCCACCGCCGCGAAUCUAUUCCGCUGUGCCUCCUCAUCUGCUCGUGCUCGUGCUCCGGCCUGUUUGCGGCGCAGGUGACUCCCAGAAUCUUCUUUCGGGAGGGGGGUCAGGGUGAGCCAGUUCCAUCUGGUUUAAUCGCUUUCACUACACAGCUACAGCAAGACAUCUUGGCGUUCAAAAGCCAUGGCUUCUGCCCAUCCCUCGCAAGGAUUGCCUUCAGGGAUGGACCCUUCUAUGGUGGAUGAGUACGCUUCCCAGUCCAAGCUGUUGCAAGAAUUUGUCAAGAUACCCAGCAUUGGCAAGGCUUGGGUCUUCACUUCCAAAGAUGAAAACGCAUCCAGGGCAAUGGUUUCUGUUAGCCAGUCGGAUCUUUUGGCCAACAAAAAGAGGAGUUUCCUUCUAAAUACUCACAUCUCAAAAGGUUCCUCAAAGUCGGCGAGUUUCCAGUGGUCUCCCUUCCCGGUUGAAAUGAGCGGGGUGUCAGCAGUCGUUCCAUCACCGUCCGGAGAAAAGCUUCUGCUAGUACGGAAUGCUGAGGAUGAUGACUCCCCUACAAAAUUAGAGAUUUGGGGGCCCUGUCAGUUGGAGAACGAAAUACAUGUUGCACGAUCUGUUCAUGGGUCGCUGUACGCUGAUGGAUGGUUUGAAGGGAUUUCAUGGAACCAGGAAGAGACCCUUAUAGCUUAUGUUGCUGAGGAGCCUCCCCAACCAAAGCCAGAGUUCAAUGAUUCAGGUUACAGGAAGGAAGGUUCAUCUCAAAAGGACUACAGGAGCUGGAAGGGACAAGGGGAUACAGAAGAUAACUGGGGAGAAACCUAUAGUAACAAAAGGAUACCUGCUUUGUUCGUCGCUAACAUCACUAGUGGUGAAGUACGAGCAUUGAAGGGUAUACCUAGAUCAUUAAGUGCUGGCCAGGUGAUUUGGGCUCCAUCAUCUUCAUAUAGUUUGGUUUUUGUGGCAUGGUCAGAUGAUAAUGGUUUCCAAGAGACACCAAGGAAACUUGGCAUCAAAUACUGCUAUAACAGACCUUGUGCUCUGUAUGCUGCUGCUGAUCCUUUCAAGGAAGAAGCUGACAAACCAUCAAUUGACUCCAAUAAGGGUGAUACUGCAGCUCUGGUCAAGUUAACAGCAGACUUGAGUAGUGCUUUUUUCCCACGGUUCAGCCCGGAUGGGAAGUAUCUUGUGUUCAUCUCAGCAAAGAGUGCUGUGGAUAGUGGAGCACACAAUGCCACAAAUUCAAUGCAUAAAAUUGACUGGCCUACCGACGGCAAACUAGAGGGGAGCCUCAGUGUUUCUGAUGUGGUACCCACUGUAAUGAGCCCUCAAGAUGGGUGUUUCCCUGGGAUGUACUGCUCUGGCUUACUUCGGUUUCCAUGGCUUUCUGAUGGACGGACUAUGAUUUUAUCUUCUGCUUGGGGAAGCAAGGAAGUAAUACUUUCUAUCAACGUUGCGAGCGGCGAAGUCUCAAGAGUUAGUCCGCAGGAUUCUGAUUAUUCCUGGAACGUUCUCGCACUUGACAAUAAUAACAUUCUUGCAGUUUCCAGCAGCCUUGUAACGCUGCCUCAAAUGUACUAUGGAUUUGAAGAUUCUCACACAGACAAGCCUUGCCAGUGGGACUGGCAGGAAAUUCCAUCUCCAUUUCCGAAGCCAUCUGAUAAGGUCAGCUCAUUGUUAGCCGAUCAUAAGUUCAGUGUAAUCAAAAUCCCAGUCAGCAAUCCUUCUGAUAAACUUCCAGAUGGCGCUAAUCUCCCCUUUGAGGCUAUUUUUGUGUCUGGCAAGGAUUCAGCAAGUAGUCCAACAAUUGUUGUUCUUCAUGGUGGCCCUCACUCAGUCUACCCAUCAAGCUAUUCGAGAUCCUUGGCCUUUCUAUAUGCACAGGGAUAUAACCUGCUUGUUGUAAAUUACAGGGGCUCGUUGGGGUUUGGAGAAGAAGCAUUGCAAUCUCUUCCUGGAAAUAUUGGUUCUCAGGAUGUGAAUGAUGUAUUGACAGCUUUGGACUUUGUCAAAAAGAGAGGACUAAUAGAUGCAUCUAGAGUAGCUGUAGUUGGAGGUUCACAUGGAGGUUUCUUGACAACACAUUUGAUCGGCCAGGCUCCAGAAACAUUUGUUGCUGCAGCUGCCAGAAAUCCAGUGUGUAACUUACAAUUGAUGGUCGGUACCACUGAUAUCCCUGAUUGGUGCUUUCUGGAGGUUUAUGGAAAAGAAGGGAAAAACUGCUUUACAGAGUCUCCUUUAGCAGACAGUCUUACAAAGUUUUACCAGAAAUCACCGAUAUCACACAUUUCCAAGGUUAAGACACCAACACUCUUUCUUCUCGGAGCAAAAGAUCUCCGUGUUCCUGUUUCUAAUGGCCUACAGUAUGCAAGGGCUUUGAAGGAGAGGGGAGUCGACACCAAAAUUAUUGUCUUCCCAGAAGAUAUUCAUGGACUUGACAAACCACAGUCCGACUUUGAGAGCUUCCUCAACAUAGGGGUUUGGUUCAAGAAGUACAUGAGCAAAUAAGCAUUGGGCUUCUUAAACACCAUGAUCUCCUUGUAUUUUUCAUUCUGGUGGAUAAAUGGUUGUAAUUUAGGUCACAGGAACCUGUGCCAUGAAAAUAGUGUUCGACUGGCAGCUCUUGUAAAUAAUAUCUUGUGUGAACUUGUGGUGCUACUUUAAUGGUACUGGUAUGGAUUAGAACUUGUGAUUCCAAAAAGAAAGCUGAUGCAUUUUAGAGCUCA